GCGGGCGGGCGCUCCGCGGGGCGCUGAGCGGGCUCGCCGCGGGCGCGGGGCCGCGCCAUGGCCGCCAAGGACAACCCCUGCAGGAAGUUCCAGGCCAACAUCUUCAACAAGAGCAAGUGCCAGAACUGCUUCAAGCCCCGCGAGUCGCACCUGCUCAACGACGAGGACCUCAACCAGGCCAAACCCAUUUAUGGUGGCUGGCUGCUGCUGGCCCCGGAAGGAACGGACUUUGACAACCCUGUCCAUCGCUCCCGGAAAUGGCAGCGUCGGUUCUUCAUCCUCUACGAGCACGGGCUGCUGCGCUAUGCCCUGGACGAGAUGCCAACAACCCUCCCACAGGGCACCAUCAACAUGAACCAGUGCACAGAUGUGGUGGACGGGGAGAGCCGGACAGGGCAGAAGUUCUCCUUGUGCAUCCUGACGCCGGAGAAGGAGCACUUCAUCCGGGCUGAGAACAAGGAGAUCAUCAGUGGGUGGCUGGAGAUGCUCAUAGUCUAUCCAAGGACAAACAAGCAGAAUCAGAAGAAGAAGAGGAAGGUAGAGCCUCCAACUCCCCAGGAGCCCGGUCCUGCUAAGAUGGCCGUGACCAGCAGCAACAUCCCCAGUGCUGAGAAGGUCCCUGCCACCAAGUCCACGCUUUGGCAGGAAGAAAUGAGGGGCAAAGACCAAGCAGAUGGAGGCAGCAGCAUCAGCCAAGCACAGAGCACAGUGCAAGGCCAGGCUGGGGCUGCCAGCUCCCUGAAGGAUUCCGUGCUGGACAGCAAGGAAGAUGAGAGCUGCAUGAACGGAGACCGGAUAGACUGCGGGCGGAAAACGCGUGUCGAGAGCGGAUACUUCUCCUUGGAGAAGACCAAGCAAGACUCGAAGCUGGAAGAGCAGCAGCUGCCGCCCCCACCGAGCCCCCCCAGCCCCAGCACCCCGAACAACAGGUACAGUUAUCCCAAAUCGCCCUCACAGGAGCAUGCCCAGCCCUUUCCUUCCCCAGGUACCCGAGCAGGCGACCGAAUGAGUCACAGCUUCUCUCUGAACUCCUUGGAUUCGAAGAGCACUUGCCCCACGCACAAGGACUCCGGCAGCAGAGAUGUAGGAAGGGGAGCUGAAAAAUCGGGGCGUCCCCUUUCUUUUAAAGCCAGCCGGCAGUACACCACCCUGGCCGACGUUCCCAAGGCCAUUAGGAUCAGUAAUCGGGAGGCCUUCCAGGUGGAGAGGAAGAGGCUAGAGCGGAGAACCCGGGCCCGUAGCCCCGGGAGAGAAGAAGUGGCCCGGCUCUUUGGCAAUGAGAGAAGGAGAUCCCAGGUAAUUGAGAAGUUUGAGGCAUUAGAUAUUGAGAACGCAGAGCACAUGGAAACGAACGUGUCGGGUGCUGCCCUGUCCAGCGAGACGCGGCAAGGCAGGAGUGAGAAGAGGGUUUUCCCACGGAAACGGGACUUCACUUGUGAAGCUGCAGCUGUGGGCUCCAUCCUGGACGUGUCUGCCUCUCCUCUGUCCCCGCACCGUCGGGCAAAGUCACUGGACAGAAGGUCCACGGAGUCCUCUAUGACGCCUGACCUGCUGAACUUCAAGAAGGGCUGGUUGACAAAGCAGUAUGAGGACGGGCAGUGGAAGAAGCACUGGUUUGUGCUGACCGACCAGAGCCUGAGAUACUACCGGGAUUCAGUGGCUGAGGAGGCAGCUGACCUGGAUGGAGAAAUCGAUUUAUCCACGUGCUAUGAUGUUACUGAGUACCCGGUUCAGCGAAACUACGGCUUCCAGAUCCAUACAAAGGAAGGGGAGUUCACCCUCUCUGCCAUGACAACGGGCAUUCGUCGCAACUGGAUCCAGACCAUCAUGAAGCACGUUCGCCCCACCACUGCUCCAGAUGUAACAAGGAAAAACUUCUCUUUGAAACUAUCCGUGCUGAAGCCCAGCUCUCUGCCGGAAGAGAAAAGCAAAACAAGCUCUUCCUUCGAGACUGGUCCAAAGCCGAGCGAGAAGCCAGAUGUGGAACAAGCUGAGCUGGACCCGGAGCAGAAGCGGAGCCGUGCCCGGGAGCGCCGGCGAGAAGGACGCUCCAAGACCUUUGACUGGGCUGAAUUUCGCCCCAUCCAGCAAGCCCUGGUGCAGGAGCGUGCCAACGCCGCAGACUCCUCCAGCAGCGGCUCCACCGCCUUCCCAAGGGACACCGGUGCCAGCGACGCCGACCCGGGAGAGCUGGAACGGGAGAGGGCCCGGCGGCGGGAGGAACGGCGCAAGCGCUUCGAGAUGAUCGAUGCUGUGGAUGGGGCAGGCUCGGAAGAGGCGCUGAGGAUGGAGGUGGAUCGGAUCCUGCCCGUCCCGGCAGACAUCAAGCCGCAGAACGUCCACGUGGAGAUCGAGCAGCGCUGGCACCAAGUGGAGACCACGCCGCUGCGGGAGGAGAAGCAGAUCCCCAUCGCGCCGCUGCAUCUCGCCAAUGCCGAGGACCGCGAUGAGGGGCUGUCGAAGCAGCACUUGACCACACUGCUGGAGAAGGAGCUGGAGCAGAAGCAGAAGGAGGCCCUGGAGCUCCUGGAGCAGAACCGGCACCUGCAGGACCAGCUGAAAGUGGCACUGGGCCGGGAGCAGAGCGCCCGGGAGGGCUACGUGUUGCAGACCGAGGUGGCCGCCUCGCCAUCAGGUGCCUGGCAGAGGCUCCACAAAGUCAACCAGGACCUCCAAAGCGAGCUGGAAGCCCAAUGCCAGCGCCAAGAGCUGAUCAAUCAGCAGAUUCAGUCGCUGAAGCGCAGCUACGCCGAGGCCAAGGACGUGAUCCGGCACCACGAAGCCGAGAUUCAGAGCCUGCAGGCGAGGCUCAGUAACGCAGCAGCCGAGCUUUCCAUCAAGGAGCAGACCCUGGCCAAGCUCAAGAGCGACCUGAGGAGCGAAAAGGAGAAAGCCAAGGAGCAGUUGGAGGAGUGGCAGCACGGCGAGGCCGCGCUCAGCUCCCAGCUCAAGGCCAGCGAGCAGAAGCUGAAGAACGCAGAGGCUUUGCUCCUGGAGAAGACCCAGGAGCUGCGGGAUCUGGAAAUGCAGCAGGCUCUGCAAAGGGACCAUCAGAAGGAGGUGCAGCGGCUCCAGGAUAGGAUCGCAGACCUGAGCAGGCAGCUGAACGCCAGCGAGCAAGCGCGGAUGCUCAUGGAGGAGAAGCUGCAGAAGAACUACGAGGCUUUGCUGGAGAGUUGUGAGAGGGAGAAGCAGGUUUUAAUCCGGAGCCUGAAGGAGGUGGAGGAUAAAGCCAACGAGUAUGAGAUCCAGCUGCAGAACAGCGAGCAGCAAAUGGAGAUCCUGCAGAAGGAGAAGCUGAGCGCCAAGUUCGAAGGCAGCGAGCUUGUCCACCAGUUGGAGGAGCAGCUGCUGAUGAAGGAGGCCAGCAUCCAGAAGCUGGCAGAGCACAUCAAGGAGCUCGAAAGAGAGAGAGAUCAGAUCAAGUGUCGGUUCCAGGAGCUCAUGAAUCAGGUCGCGGAGUCGGAUCACGAAGUGGCAAAGCUGCAAGCGAAGCUGAAACUGGAAGAGACCAACUACCGCAACCUGGAGCAGUCGUUGGAGGAGGUGUCCGAUCAGUUCCAGGGCAUGCAGGAGGUGCUGAAGGAGAAGGAAGAAGAGCUGAGGCAGGUUAAGGAAAUGCACUUGAGAAUUGUGGAGAAGAAAGAUCAAGAUCUCAGUGAGGCUUUGGCUAAAAUGGUUGCUUUAGAUAGCAGUUUGGAGGAGACUAAAAUAAAGCUGAAGGCCAAGGAGGAGGCUCUAAGGAAACUGGCUAGUGUAGGCACAGGUCCUUGUGCUGAGGAGGCAGAAGAGCUUGGCCACAGUCUUGAGGCUGAUGAAAAUCAUCCAUCCCAACUAGGGCAGCCUCUGCCAACUCAGGAUGUCCUCCCAGCUCUGACCUAUGCACUGAAGGAGGAGGAGGAUGAGGUUCUUGAGACCAGCCCGAGGCAAACGGAGGAAUUCGACUCCUCACCCAAAGCUGCAGAGCUCCAGGACCAAGAGCUGGUUCAGAAAGCCUUAACAAAGCCCGAUGUGGGAAUCAUGGGGGCCAAGAGGCAAAGAAUCCGUUUCUCGAGCAUCCAGUGCCAGAAAUACAUCCAUCCAGAUGGAUCGGAGAAGAACUGGACAAGCAGCACCUCGUCGGACACGAGCCAAGACAGGUCGCUGUCUGAAGAAAGCAUGUCAUCGGAGCCAGCUCUUGGUUACCCAUCAUCGGGGACAAGUGACUCUGAGACCUAUCUCUCCAUUAUCCACUCCCUGGAAACCAAGCUGUACAUCACAGAGGAAAAGCUCAAAGACGUAACGAUGAAGCUUGAGAGCCAGCACGGCCAUAACCAGGAGACCCUCAUUGCCCUCCACCAUCAGUGGGCCAGCACCGAGUCCCAGCUGAGGGAACAGCUUCAGACCAGCUUAUCCCAAGUCAGUGCUUUGAUCUCACAGCUCGAGAGUGAGAGGCAGGAGAAGCUGAAGCUCACAGAAAGCCACGUGAGCGAGCUGGGAGCUUUCCAACUGAGAAAUGAUCAAGCCUUGACUUGCUUAGAGAAGUGCAGGGAGCAACUGAGGUCUUUACCCACAUCCGACCAGGAGAAAGAAGGUGAUUUGUUCCUUGUUAAUCUCUCCAGCAUGGAAACCACCUUAUCAAACGCAAUCCAAGCCUUGAGAGGGGCGCCAUCCGAGUAUCAGCAGAGUGAAAGGCUUAUCACGGAGAGCCCUGCUCCAGAAGGAGGGGGUUUGGGAGAAGAGGAGCGUGUCUCCAAGGAGCAGCGAGUGGAAGUGUUUGACAUGGGCCAGCUGAGGUGGCUUUCAGAGAGAGUGGCCUUUGAGGCCUCUCUCAUCAACCAGAUAGCUGAGUCCUUGAAAAACGCAAGCUCUGAGAUAUCCCAGCUCCUGAGAGAGAUCCAGGGCACGGCUGAGGUGGUGUUGUUGGAACCAGUGAAUGUUUCUCAUACCGCCAUCAGUUUGGCCAGCGUCCUGUCUAAGAAGCUGCUGCUGGAAGGGGAGUUCUGGAGCCAAGUGGAGGAGCUGAGAGUGCACUUGAGCACCAGAGAAGGAGAAGCCGAGGGCAAACCAGAAGCAACAGGUUUGGGCUUUUCUCCCUGUUUUCUCAGUGCUGUAGCAGAUGCUGCGUUGAUCAAGGCCGAACUUGGGUUUGUUGCACAGAAAAUGAGGGAAUCUUUUCAUCAGAGAUUAAAAACCAUCGAAGAAGACCUCCACAAUACCAAAACAGCCCUCCAGCAGCAUAAGUGCAUGUUGGAGGAGCUCAUCGGAGCGUACAGGACUCCUGAUUUUGACAGAGUUAUGCACCAGAUUACUGAAGCACUCGAGAUUCAGAAAGAUGCUUCAGAAAGAACCCAGAUCUCUUGGGAUGGGAGCCAUCUCCAAAUGGGGCCGUGUCAGGAAUUAGCCACAAGGGAGCAGACUGGCAGCCUGCAGGACUGUAGUGGUGAAGCUCUUGUUUCCAUUCAGGAAGACCUUGCCCAGCAGCUAAAGGACAAAGCUAACGUUCUGAAGGAGAUAUCUGUUGCCUUACUCUCUCUGCCUCCUGAGGAGGCAAUGAGAGACUGUCAGAAGCUCCUGAAGAUCUCCCAGAGUCUUUCGUACCAUUCGUGCAUGGGAGACCUUGGAAGGUAUUCCUCUUUGUUGGUCCACGAUGCAAUUGUCCAGGCUCAGGUUUGUUACGCCGCUUGCAAAGUGCGGCUGGAAUACGAGAGAGAGAUGAAGUCCUACAAGGAGUCCUUGCAGAGCAUGGAUGCUCUCUGCCAAGAGCGCGUGAAGACGGUCUCUCUCCUUCGGGAUGAGUAUGAGGACUUGCUCAGGAAGCAGCAGGGUGAGUACAGCGAGGUCAUUGCCAUGCUUGAAAGGGAGAACGCUGAUCUCAAAGCGAAGGUGGCCCAGCUCGAUGCUCAGAGGAGGCUCCUGGAGGAAGAAGAGCAUAAACACAGCAAGAGCUUGAGUGAGUUACAAGGACGGUACGAAGAGGAGAUCCGAAACGUGAUAGAGCAGCUGAACAGGACAGAGGAUGCUCUGAAGGCUGAGAGGACAGAAGGGCUCAACCAACUGGAUGCCGUUGUCCGUGACAAGCAGAACAUGGAGCGGUACCACCUGGAGCAGAUGCAGAUGCUGGAGGACAAGUUCCAGGCCAAGAUCAAGGAGCUGCAGGUUAUCCAUGGCGAGGAGCUGCAGGCGCUGCAGGAGCACUAUAGCCAGAACCUGCAGCGCCUGCAGGAGACCCUGGAUGAGUACCAGAGGCAGCACCCCGAGGUGUCCCCCGCCAUGGACCCGGGUGAUGGGGAUGCCUGGGUGCCCACUGAGGCUGGUGGCACUGGGCAGGAGCCUGGGAGUGACCUGGACUCCAUGCACGGCCUGAGGGAGCGCAUCCAGGAGCUGGAGGCCCAGAUGAACGUCAUGAGGGAUGAGCUGGAGAACAAGCAUCUGGAGGGGAACGCUUCCACCUUGAGGGAGAAAUACCAGAAAGACUUUGAAAACUUAAAGGCAACAUGUGAAAGGGGCUUUGCAGCCAUGGAGGAGACGCACCAGAAGAAGAUCGAGGACCUGCAGCGGCAGCACCAGCGGGAGCUGGAGAAGCUGCGGGAGGAGAAGGACCGCCUGCUGGCAGAGGAGACGGCUGCCACCAUCUCAGCCAUUGAAGCCAUGAAGAACGCGCACCGGGAGGAGCUGGAGCGAGAGCUGGAGAAGUCCCAGCGCUCCCAGAUCAGCAGCGUCAAUGCCGACAUCGAGGCCCUUCGAAGGCAAUACCUGGAGGAGCUGCAGUCGGUGCAGCGGGAGCUGGAGGUGCUUUCGGAGCAGUAUUCCCAGAAGUGCUUGGAGAACGCUCACCUGGCGCAGGCGCUGGAGGCUGAGAGGCAGGCCCUCCGCCAGUGCCAGCGCGAGAACCAGGAGCUCAAUGCCCACAACCAGGAGCUGAAUAACCGCCUGGCUGCGGAGAUCACGCGAUUGAGGACCCUGCUGACCGGGGAGGGCGGGGGAGAGGCUGCUGGGUCGCCUCUUACACAGGGCAAGGAUGCCUAUGAGCUGGAGGUCCUGCUGCGGGUCAAAGAGUCAGAAAUCCAGUACCUGAAGCAGGAGAUCAGCUCCCUCAAAGACGAGCUGCAGACAGCACUGAGGGAUAAGAAAUACGCCAGCGACAAGUACAAGGACAUCUACACGGAGCUGAGCAUCGUGAAGGCCAAGGCAGACUGUGAUAUCAGCAGGUUGAAAGAGCAGCUGAAAGCAGCCACAGAAGCUCAGGGAGAGAAAUCCCCUGUGAACACCACUGUAUCGGGAUAUGAUAUAAUGAAAUCAAAAAGCAACCCUGAUUUCUUGAAGAAAGACAGAUCCAGUGUUAGCCGGCAACUAAGGAAUAUCAGGUCAAAGUCCGUUAUUGAGCAGGUCUCAUGGGAUAACUGAAAUGAACCCGAGUCCAGGUUCCCUGCCACGUAGAGUCUGAAGGAAGGCCUGACUGUGCAAGAACGCCUGAAGCUUUUUGAAUCCAGGGACUUGAAGAAUGCCUAGUUCUCCCCGCUCCGCUUGACCACGCGCACCUCCCGGCUUGAGGCAGCACAGCACCAGCACCGUUCGUCUUCUCCUUCCUUAACGACUGUCCUUUCGCUGUCGUUCGUCUCGAUGCUCCCCCCCUCCUCUCAGCGACGGGACCCGGCGCCGCGGUGAUGGUGCCACCCCUUUGCCUCCCCAGCUCCUUUCCUUUGCUUGUGAGAUGCUCCAGAGACUCUUGAGAGGGAGAGGAAGGGAUUGGAGUGGGGCGUUUUUCCCCCCCACACACACUCCUCUCUUUGGCGCUUUGUAGGAGAAUCCUUCCUUUACUGUAAACCAUUACACUAAGUGUCAGUAUUAAGGCUCAGUAGCCUGUUAAUAAGCUAGCUCUGUCGUACCAACCGUUUUGGUAUGCAAGCAGGGCCUGGGUGGUGGUGUCAGCCAUACCCAGCCCUUACUGCUGUCAAGAGACCCAGUGCUCAGAGCACGCCAGGAGCCUAAUCUUAACCAUUGGAUCUCGAUUGCAUUACUUGCACCUACAAGGAGGGGAAAAGCCUGGGGGACGCCGUCGGGGA